AUGACGAGCGAGGUCGCCCCCUGCAUGCCGUUUGAUUGGUGGCGGCGUGCGUCAGGGCGCCCAGCUCUGGCGGGCUCCGAAGGAUCACAAAACCGGUCGCAAGAUGUCUGCCGCCGACUCAAGGAGGCGCUGGACUCGUUUUCCGCGAUGGACGAUGACGGUGAUGGCAUCCGGCAAAGCUCUGCGAGCCCAUCUGAGACGGCGCUCAAGAGGCUUUCUCAGGACGUCAAGAAGCAGCUGCAGGUGAUGUUGGAGGUGCUUCUCGAGGUCGAAAGGACGAACCAGCACGCAGGCGAGAUGCAAAACGUGCCGCUGGUCAAAUCCUGGCUGAACCAGUUUUUUGCAACGGACCUCCCGAAGCUGUUGGUCACUCAUCUGGGCCAGCUGGAGUUCGAGGUGCGCAACGACGUGGUGACGGUGUUCAGUGCCGUCGUUCGCUUGGGCAGCGGCCUCUCUGAUGAAGACCCGCUCCAACAGUAUGGCCACGCCAAUCCCCAGUUCUUUGCUCUCCUGGUGGAUGGCUAUGAGAAGCAUGAGAUCGCAACGCACUGCGGGAUGAUGCUCCGUUCCUGUGCGCGACAAGAGAAGCUGGUGAAAGCGUUCCUGUCCCAGAUGCAGGUCGUUUUGAAGUUGGUUCAGUUCACGCGUCAUGAAGUCUUCGACAUCUCGACAGAUGCCUUCUCCUCUCUUCACGAUUUCUUGCUGAACCACCAGGACACCUCGGCCGAGUUUCUGCAGGCGAACUUCCGGGAGUUCUUUACCAGCUACAACAGCCUUCUACAGGAAGGCGACUAUGUGACCAAGCGUCAGGCCCUCAAGCUCUUGAGCGACCUCCUGCUCGGUCGAAAGUUCAUGAGGAUAAUGAUGCUCUACAUCGGGGACGACUCCUACCUGCAAAUUCAUAUGAACCUGCUGCGGGACGACUCCAAGACCAUUCAGCUGGAGGCCUUCCACAUCUUCAAGAUCUUCGUGGCAAAUCCGAACAGACCGCCGAGAGUGCACACAAUUCUAUACAAAAACAAGGAGCGGCUCAUCUGUUUGCUGCACGAGUUAACCCCGCACCGGCCCGAAGACAAGCAGUUUUUGGAGGACAUGAAGACUGUCCUAAACAAGUUGGAGGCUAUGGAGCCUCCUCCCCGGCCCGAGCGUACGGCGGCCGCUGGAUAUCCUGGCAGUGCCCCGGGUGCACCAGCUGCAGAGGCCAACCACCCUCCGGGUGACAGAGGUGAUCCCGUCGGUUGA